CUGUUCACAUAGUGCGUCAGAUAUUGGAGGCAGUACAACAUAUGCACAACAUACAUUUGGCACAUCUUGAUCUAAAGCCUGAGAACGUGCUGGUGGUAUCACGACUGGAAUGGCUGCCGCACAUCAAAGUGAUUGACUUUGGUCUGAGCCAAUGGCUGGAUGAGACAGGGGCGGAUGUGAAGACUGUGUUUGGCACCCCUGAGUUUGUGGCGCCCGAGGUCGUCAAUUAUGACAGCUUAUCGCUAGCUACUGACAUGUGGUCCAUCGGUGUUAUCACUUAUAUUUUGUUAAGUGGAGCAUCGCCUUUCUUGGGUGAAACAAAACAGGAGACUUACUCAAAUGUGGUGAACGGCACGUUUUCAUUUGACAGGGAGUAUUUGAAUCAAUCAGCGAAGAUGCCAAAGAUUUCAUUUGUCGACUGCUCGUUAAGGAUCCAAGGUUAG